GCUCCCAGAAACUUCACCACAGCUCACAGCUCAGCAUCAGCGCACACAGGUUGUUUACCUGAAGAGCGAGAAGAUGGAAGCUGCGUACAAGAGAGUCAAUGGAAACUACGGCCCCGAGGCAGAGACAGACGACCAAGCCACCCGGAAGAGAAGGGGCUCCAUGUACCUGGAGGAGGAGACCAACAAGAAGUCAGAGGUGAUCUCCUGCAUCUUCUCCCUGAAAGAGGAGGUCGGAGCUUUAGCCAAGGCCCUGCGGCUCUUUGAGGACAAGGGCAUCAACCUGAUGCACAUCGAGUCCCGUCCGUCGCGGAUGAACAAAGACCAGUACGAGUUCUUCAUCAGCGUGGACUCCACCUGCUCCCAGGCCUUGGAUGAGGUCAUUGACGGCCUGCGCACACAAAUCAGCGGCCACGUGCACGAGCUGUCACGCAACAAAGAGAAGGAUACAGUGCCAUGGUUCCCUAAUGACAUCCAGGACUUGGACCGAUUCGCCAACCAGAUCCUCAGUUACGGCUCCGAGCUGGAUGCGGAUCACCCGGGCUUCACAGAUCCAGUCUACAGAGCCCGCAGGAAGGAGUUCGCCGACAUCGCCUACAACUACAGACAUGGCCAAGUCAUCCCUAGAGUGGAGUACACAGCGGAGGAGAAGGCCACGUGGGGCACAGUGUUCAAGGAGCUGAAGACUCUGUACCCGACCCACGCCUGCCGCGAACACAACCGCGUCUUCCCCCUGCUGGAGAAAUACUGCGGCUACAGGCAGGACAACAUCCCACAGCUGGAGGACGUCUCCCGCUUCCUGCAGUCGUGCACAGGUUUCCGGCUUCGCCCGGUGGCCGGCCUGCUCUCGUCCCGGGACUUCCUGGCCGGACUCGCCUUCCGCGUCUUCCAUUCCACGCAGUACAUCCGUCACGGCUCCAAGCCCACGUACACACCUGAGCCGGACAUCUGCCAUGAGCUCCUGGGACAUGUGCCUUUGUUUGCCGACCCGAGUUUUGCCCAGUUCUCACAGGAAAUUGGACUCGCCUCCCUUGGUGCUCCUGAUGAGUACAUUGAGAAACUUGCUACUGUGUACUGGUUCACUGUGGAGUUUGGCCUGUGUAAGCAGGGCUCAGAGAUCAAAGCUUACGGAGCUGGCUUGCUUUCAUCGUUUGGAGAGCUGCAGUACAGCUUGACAGACAAGCCCAGACUCCAGCCCUUUGACCCCGACAAGACCAGCCUCCAGAAAUACCCCAUCACAGAGUACCAGCCUGUUUACUUUGUUGCUGAGAGCUUUGAAGACGCCAAAGAGAAAGUGAGGAAAUUUGCAGGCACCAUCCCCAGGCCUUUCACAGUGCGCUACAACCCCUACACCCAGAGUAUCGAAGUGCUGGAUAACACCCAGCAGCUCAGGAACCUGGCCGACAGCAUUGGUAGUGAAAUGGGGAAACUGUGUGAAGCCCUGCGGAAACUGGCGUAACUGCACGUGUAAUCUGAAGCAUCUUUUUUUCAUUGGAACAGUCGUUCAUUUAUUAGACUGCUGGCCUCUUACGGUUACGCUUAGCAUGCCUGCAAAUUAGCUUUCUUUGUAUUAAAGCAAAUAUGCAAAUCAAAUAAUGGCUUUAUUACUGUUAUCCAAUUAGUAAGAUGUGUUCUCUGUGUAUUUUAGUUAAGUGAAUAAAGUGUAGCCUGUUCUAAUGCAGGAUAAUAAGGAAUGUCUCUUUAACGACAUUAUUACAGUAUAAAUGUAUACAUGCUUUUCAAAAUAAGAGGGUUUUGACAAUCAACAUCUCCUCUGUGACCUCAAUGAAUUUAAAACCAAAUAUGUAAACAUACAAUUUUGCUUCUAAUAUAAUGCAAGACAACUGCAAUAACUGAUUUUUUUUUCUAUGCAUUUCAAGCCUAAAAGUCUAUUGAGAUCAUUUUUGUCACUCAAGCUUUCAUUUUGCUGUUUUGUAUA